CCUUUUUUCCGAGUCAUCUAAGCUCCUUGGUAGCUGCAUCUUGAAUGUUCAGCGCAAGCCAUCCAGUGUUUUGUCUCGUGCAGUAAGAAGGCCAUUUUUAGAUAAUAUUGUUGUAACCGGGAACUAAUGGUUUGUCUUAUUUCGAGUACAUCCAGAUUUUAAUUAUACAUUCUUCACGAAUGGAAGGAAAUAUUCAAUGGAAGAGCAGACGUUUUUAUGGCAUAAUACUGGUAGUGCUUGGCCUUUUCGGUUUGAGCAUGGUAUGUGACGCUGGUUCCAUGGAAGAGGAUCGCGCAGCACCGCGUGCCGGCAUGCGCCGCUCGUUGUCUAAUUACUACAGCAGCAACAGCACAAAAUCCCUUCCCAAGACCUGUCCUACGUGUGCGACCUGCCCACCGCCGUGUCCGGCGGCGCAGGCAACCGUAUCCUCGACGUCAACCUGCUCCGAUAAUCCCUGCUAUUUUCCUUCCUUGCCUUUUGCGUGCUCGGCAGAACAAUGCGCUGAUUUCUUGGCGAAAACUGCCGAAUACGGAAAGGCAGUGAUUGUCAAUCUGCCCGAAGAGCUGUGCGUCACCACAUGCCAACUGCAAAAUACUAAGGACUAUCCCAAUGCCAUGCUUUAUACAUUUGGUGCUUGCACACGGUAUGAAAGUCUGGAUGUCGGCAUUUACAACAACGAUCCGGAGCCCAAAAUUGUGUCCACACUGAAAUGCGGAGAUAACAAGUGUUUUUAUGCUCAGGCUUACUAUUUGUUCUAUGGUCACACCGAAUGCGGUUGCUGUGAACCCGUCAUCUACACCCAGGACACCGUGCUGCAGUGCACAUUAACGCUGACGAAUAGUCAGCAAAAUAACGAGCUGUAUGCCACAGCGCAGUUUCGGCUAAAAAUCCAGUACGUUGACCAGAGCGAGUGUGGUCCAACGACAACCACAGAGUGACCGCAGUCAAUAUUCCGUCAACAAACCCAGCGCCAAGUUGAUUCACUGUCAUAAAUACCGCACAUCCUUCGCCUGGCUCGGGCUAUUUGCAUCGUUCCAACUACCGAUGCUUGAAUCGGCGAACACACAAUAAAUUUCUGCAGUUUUCUUUUAUCCACACUUGCCAGUACCAAUUCUGUUAACCGGUAACAACGAGCAAAACGUAAGCGGAUAUUUUAAAUUAUUUAUGCACAUUCCAACCGGCCCGAGAUUUAUUAUUUUUUGAAGCGCACUCGUCCGACAGUUAAAGAAACGAAGGUGUGCGAAGCUGCAACUGAGCAAAUUGUACAGUGGCUAUUUUUAAUUUUCGUGGUAAUGAACGCGUUAAGUACUCGUAGUCAUUAGCUUAGCUUAUUGGAGUGUAUUUA